AUGGGUGUUCCCGCCAUGUUUCGCUGGCUCAGCCAGAAAUACCCCAAGAUUGUGUCCACUGUCCAAGAAGAAUUGCCCAAAAAGGUCGGCGACGCCGUCAUACCCGUAGACCGCACCGGGCCCAACCCCAACGGUGAAGAGUUCGACAAUCUGUAUCUCGACAUGAACGGCAUUGUGCAUCCGUGCUCGCACCCCGAAGACAAACCAGCGCCCAAGACCGAGGCUGACAUGAUGCUUGCCAUCUUCGAAUACACUGAUCGCGUACUCGGCAUGGUGCGCCCCCGCAAGCUGCUCUACAUGGCAGUCGACGGUGUUGCGCCCCGUGCCAAGAUGAACCAGCAGCGGUCGCGUCGCUUCCGCUCAGCCAAAGAGGCAAAGGAAAAGGACGAGGAGCGUGCAGAGUUUCAGAAAAUCCUCAACUCGCAGAAAGCCAGCCGCGGCGAGGACAUCACUAGUCUCGAACAGGUCGUUGAGAAGACAUGGGACUCGAAUGCAAUCACGCCUGGUACACCCUUCAUGCAUCUCCUAGCCGAGAGUCUUCAAUACUGGUGUGCGUACAAGUUCACAACCGACCCCUCGUGGAAGGACAUGAAAGUCAUCAUUUCCGAUGCAUCUGUGCCUGGUGAAGGAGAACACAAAAUCAUGAACUUCAUUCGCUCGCAACGCGCUAUGCCUACCCAUGACCCCAAUACCUCGCACGUCAUCUACGGCUUGGACGCCGAUUUGAUUAUGCUGAGUCUUGCUACUCACGAGCCUUAUUUCCGUGUUCUCAGAGAAGACGUCUUCUACGACUCGGGUAAGGACAAGGUCUGCACGCGCUGUGGGCGCAAGGGCCAUAUCCGCACCAAUUGUGAAUUCCCUGAUGAUGGCAAGAAGCUCACCGAAGAAGAGGCUGAGGAAGAAUGGGCUACGUCAGAGCACCAGCUCAAGCCUUUCAUCUGGCUGCACACCAACAUCUUGCGAGAGUAUCUGGCUGUCGAAAUGGACACGCCCAAGCGCACCUUCAAGUAUGACCUUGAGCGCUCACUGGAUGAUUGGGUCUUCAUGUGUUUCUUCGUUGGUAACGAUUUCUUGCCACACUUGCCUAGUCUUGAAAUUCGCGACCAGGGUAUCGACUUACUCAUUAGCAUCUGGCGAGAUCUCGCCGCUGAAAUGGAUGACUAUGUGACCAAGGACGGAUUUCCUGACAUGCGCCGCGUGCAACAGAUUCUCUCUGCUCUUGCCAUCCGAGAGGCUGGUAUUUUCAAGAAGCGCAAGGAAGUUCAAGACCGUCAGGCCGCUAACAGGGCUCGACGCGAAGCCCAGAACAAACGUCAACGCACCGAUGAAAAUGGCCUUUCAGCACCAGGAUUCAAGCGUGCAAAGGAGACUACAGACACCUACACGAGCGCAGGUAUUGUGUUCUUUGACCCCAAGCAGGCCCAGUCGAAGGAGGUACGCGAUGUCCAUAAAGACAUCAUGCAUACACGCGACGCCCAAGCCAACAAAAGUGCUGCGGCCAAGCUCAAGGAGCUCAUGAAGGCCAAGGCCGAUGGCACAUCUGUCCCCGAGCCUGAGCCGACCCCGGCUUCUGAGCCUGUUUCAGAAUCUGCCUCUGGUACUGACACACCAGUUCACCUUGGAAAGCGCAAAGCAGAUGACAUAGAAGAUGCCGACAACGGAACGCCUGGGCGCAAUACGCCAAUCGUUCCUGGGUCUCCAAAGAAAAACGGAGAUGGCACCCCAGAAGACACCAUCAGGCUUUGGGAGGAUGGCUACGAGGAACGCUACUACGAGCAGAAGUUUGGUGUUGCUCCCAACGACAUAGCCUUUCGCAACAAGGUCGCACGUCAGUACGCUGAAGGUCUCUGUUGGGUGCUGGCCUACUAUAUGCAAGGCUGUCCUUCAUGGACUUGGUAUUUCCCUCACCACUAUGCUCCAUUCGCUGCAGACUUUGUUGGUCUCGAAGACAUGGAUCCCCGCAAACUAUUUGAGAAGGGCAAGCCUUUCCAUCCUUACGAACAACUCAUGGGCGUCUUGCCUGCCGCAUCAAACCACGCGAUUCCCGAACCGUUCCGCAUACUCAUGGAGGAUCCGAACAGUUCAAUCGUUGACUUCUACCCUGAGGACUUUCCGAUUGACCUCAACGGUAAAAAGUUUGCUUGGCAGGGUGUCGCCAUCUUACCAUUCAUUGACGAGAACCGACUGCUCGCCGCCAUGGCAACAAAGUACCCUGAGCUGUCUGACGAUGAGAGGAAGCGAAACGAAUUUGGAAAGGAGACGCUCAUGUUCUCCCAAGAGUGUAGCCUUUUCGAUGACGUGGAGAAGGCGUUGUAUCGCAAAGGACAGCAGAAGCACAGGAUCGAUCCCGCCAAGAGUCGCGCGCUCCACGGAGACGUCGAGCCGCAUGACCUGUUUGUCAUGGACAGUCAGCUUGUGCCACCAUUCGAUGCCGAUGGCGUAACGGAUUUUGAAAUUACACAGGACCGUUCCAUGAGGGUAUACUAUGAAAUGCCAACCGUGACCUCAAGCCGAGCACACAAGUCUGUUCUGCUCGAGGGCGUCAAGCUCCCCAAACCAGCCCUGAAUCCUGGUGAGGCCGAGUCAGUACGACGCUCUAACGAGCGUGGUGGCUUCCGUGGCCGCGGCCGUGGAGGCGGGGGUCGAGGAGGCUACAACGAUCGCCGCAACAAUGACAACAUGCGUAACGACUACCAGAACGGCGGUGGGCGAGGAGGCCACCAAAAUGGGCGUGGAGGUGGCAGUUGGGACAAUAGCAGAGGUGGAUACGGUGGUCAAGGUGGCUACCCACCGCCGCCGCCCAACUUUGCACCCCCAUUUCCCGGUGGCAACUUUCCUCCGCCGCCAGGAGGUGCCAAUUUUUUCCCUCCCCCACCUCCAGGAUGGGUGCCUCCGCCUGGUGUAGGUGGUUGGCAAGGCGGUGCUCCUCCCUACGGAGCUCCGCCUAUCCCACCAGUCGGUCAACGGCCCGCAUGGAUGGGCAACUCAAACCAGCAACAUGGUGCACCGCCGCCACGCCAGGCACCAAACAACAGCUCACUACGAGACGAGAGAUUCUAUCGGCCCGCUGAUGAACUCCUCGGACGAAGCGGAGGCGGAAGCGGAGGAUAUCAGGGCAGUAACCCGUAUAGUGAUCGUCCACCUAGGGAUGAUAGAGGAAACCGUGGAGGAAGAAAUGGCCGAGGUGGACACCGCAGUGGUGGUGGUGGACAUCAGGGCAACAGGCCUUCGUACAACUCGAAUGACUACCGUUGAAGUAUAUUAGUUUGAUAUGAGGUAUCAAGUGCGCUACAUGUACGAUUAGACAUGGGAUUGAUG